UAAAACGGCCCGGCGUCGCACGCCUUGCACAUUCCGCUGUGGGAUUCGCUGAACGCAGGCAAAGCGACAUGAGAAUAUUGAAAUCCACCCUAAUCUUGGCCGUGGCCAUCAGCCUAGCCACGGCAGAGGAGAAGGCGGAAAAGAAGGCUGAGCUGACCGAGAAGAAACAGGACAAGCGAGGACUCUCGAACUUCGGCUGGCACGACUUCGGGGGCCAGGAGUCCCACGGCUUCGGCGACAGCCACGGCCACGAGAGCCACGGCCACGAACACCACGAGGUCCACAAAACCAUCACCACCGUCAAGAAGGUCCCAGUGCCCUACCCCGUCGAGAAACACAUCCCCGUCCCUGUAGAAAAAGUCGUCCACUACCCGAUCAAAGUACACGUGCCCCAGCCGUACCCAGUCGUCAAAACUGUACACUACCCCGUCAAGGAAAUCGUCAAAGUACCAGAAUACAUCAAGAAACCUUACCCAGUUGAGAAGGAAGUGCCUGUACCAGUGAAGGUCCAUGUCGAAAGACCCGUAGCCGUCAAGGUUUACGAAAAGGUCCCCUACCCGGUCGAGAAACACGUGCCGUACCCCGUUGAAGUGCACGUGCCCCAGCCCUACCCAGUAGAGAAGGAAGUGAAAUACCCAGUGAAGGUUCCCGUUAAGGUGUCCGUGCCCUACCCAGUUGAGAAAAUCGUCCACUACCCCGUGAAGGUCCAUGUUGACCGCCCGGUGCCCGUCCACGUUGAGAAGCCAGUGCCUUACACCGUUGAGAAGAAAGUGCCUUACCCAGUGGAGAAGAAGGUGCCCUACCCAGUGAAGGUGCACGUUGACAGGCCAGUCCCAGUUCACGUUGAGAAGCCAGUGCCCUACACCGUUAAAGUGCCGUACCCCGCGCCCUACCCAGUUGAGAAGCUGGUGCCUUACCCAGUUGAGAAGAAGGUGCCUAUCCCCGUCCACACUUUAGUGGAGAAGCCAGUGCCAGUUCACAUUGAGAAGCACAUUCCCCACUACGUGGAGAAGCACGUGCCUCACCCAGUGAAGAUCGCAGUUCCCGUCAUCCAGGAGCACCACCAUGAAUCUCACCAUCACGAGCACCACGGCAUCGAGAGCUCCGGUUUCGGAGGCCACGGUCUCGAGGGCCACGGUCUCGAGAGCCAGGGUCACGAGAGCACUGGUCACGAGAGCCAGGGUCACGGGAGCACUGGUCACGAAUCUCUAGGAAGCUACGGGGAAGGCCAUGGGUACGAGCACCAUGACUUCGGAGGCUACGAGGGUGGACACCAUUAGGACUGAUCUCUUUGUUGUUUAGAUUGUAAAUGUUAACUUGUGUAUAGUCAGCUUAAGUAUUGUUUAGUUUUUGCGACUGGUUUGUAAAUAGUACGGAGAGUAUUAAAAACGUGAUAUAUUUUUUUUA